CAGUAGAGAGUUCCCAUUUUCCCAUCCUUUCUGGAAACCUUUGGAUUUCGGCAGAGAAAGAGAAAUUUCUUUGUUUUUUUUUUGUUUUAUUCAAUGUGUUUUUUGGAGUGUUUGAUGGUGAUUGGUGGUAAUGGUGGUGGUGUUUGAAUGGUGGAGAGUGAGAGGCAAUGGUGAGUGGUUUUGCUCAUCUUCUUUCUUUCCAACUUGUUUAUUGGACUUAGUGGACCAUUUUGUUUGAAAAAAAACUCUCUUUUUCUUUGAAUUCGGGUGCCCAUUAUGUGUCCAUGUGAAAAAGUUGCUUUCUUGCUGUGCUUAGUGGGACAUUUGGUGUGGGAACACAAAUCUGAUUGUUUUUGCUUCAUAUCUGAUAUUGGAUUGCUGUUUCUUGGAGACAUUAGUUUGACUGUCUAGUCUUUGAUGGUUGUUUUGCAUAGGAAUCAAUAAAUUAGUGAUAAGAUGAGGUAUUUGUUCCAAUUCUGUAGUUGAAUUACAGUUUGCUAGUCUGAGCUUUAGAAAAAAGUGAUUGCUGAUGAGGUGUUUGUGAAAAGGACUCAGAGAGAUUCAUUCUUCAUUAUGGUCUCUAAAUUGCUUGUUUUGUUUGUUCAAUGAAAUUGCUUGAAUAGUUUGAGAUCCAAUUGGAGGAUUCUUGAAUCUUGUUAUCUUGAGAAACAAGAGAACUGAGGAUUUGCAAAGCUUUUCUCCAUGGCUUUUUCUUUGCUUCGAGUUGUUUCGUCUAUCGAAAUCUCUGCUGGCCUUGGCUUUGCAGACUCAGAUAGUUCAAGUUUGGUGGCAAACACUGCUGGUGAAGUAGUGAUGUCUUCGGAGCAGAAGGUGUAUGAUGUUGUUCUUAAGCAGGCAGCAUUGGUGAAGGAUCAGAAGAGGUCCGAGAUAGUUGUCGAUGUGAAACCGGACAUGGUUAUUCCUGGCACCAUGUAUUUGUUGAAGGAAGCCUAUGAUCGGUGUGGAGAAGUUUGUGCUGAGUAUGCAAAGACUUUCUACUUGGGAACAUUGUUGAUGACACCAGAGCGACGGAGGGCCAUAUGGGCGAUUUAUGUUUGGUGCAGAAGGACAGAUGAACUUGUGGACGGACAUAAUGCCUCGCAUAUAACACCGACAGCUCUGGACAGAUGGGAGUUGAGGCUCGAGGAUCUCUUUGCAGCUCGGCCAUAUGAUAUGCUUGAUGCAGCUCUAUCAGAUACAGUUUCAAGGUUUCCUGUUGACAUUCAGCCGUUCAAAGACAUGAUUGAAGGAAUGCGGAUGGAUCUCAAGAAGUCAAGAUACGAGAACUUCGAUGAACUUUAUCUAUACUGUUACUAUGUAGCUGGAACUGUUGGAUUAAUGAGUGUGCCAGUUAUGGGCAUUGCACCGGAGUCAAAGGCAACAACGGAGAGUGUCUACAAUGCGGCUUUGGCUCUUGGAAUUGCAAACCAGCUUACGAACAUACUUAGGGAUGUCGGAGAAGAUGCGAGAAGAGGAAGGAUUUAUUUGCCACAGGACGAGCUUGCAGAAGCGGGCCUCUCGGACGAGGACAUUUUUAAUGGGAAAGUAACUGACAAAUGGCGAAAUUUCAUGAAGAUUCAAAUUAAGCGGGCUAGAAUGUUCUUCAAGCAAGCAGAGCAGGGCGUGACAGAGCUCAGUCAAGCCAGUAGGUGGCCGGUAUGGGCUUCUCUGUUGUUGUAUCGCCAAAUCCUUGAUGAGAUUGAAGCAAAUGAUUACAACAACUUCACAAAGAGGGCAUAUGUGAGCAAGGCUAAGAAACUAUUAUCACUGCCAAUGGCAUAUGGAAAAUCACUUAUCUCUCCAUUGUCUCAUACGCAAUCGAGCCUCCUCAGAGUAUGA